AUGUCUCGAUUCUGGAAAUGGUCUUUUUAUUAUUCAAAUGAAAGAAGUCGAAUCGGAUUAUCUUCUAUUAGGAUCAUCACGCAGAAAAAUUCAUCAUCUCAAGAAAACAAUACUCGUGAAACAGGUCGUCGAGAAGAGUCGACAAGUUCUGAUUUAACCUCAUCUGAUCAUCAUAGUUCUGGACCACCUAAAGGUCUAAUGCCAUCGAAAUUUGCGCCAGGAACGGUGCGUCUAAAUAUGUUUGGUUCUCCACGUUAA